AUGUCAGGCUCUAAAGCGGCUUUGAAAGCGAUCAAUGAUGCAAUCAAAUCCCAAAACUUUGAUGACGCCAUUACAAAAUCUCAAGACUUACUGAAAAAGGAUCACAAGAACUAUCUAGCAAAUAUCUUCCUAGCGUUUGCCUUGGAUAAAAAAGGCAGAAUAGAAGAUGCAGAAAAGGUCUACAACACAGCUGCAAGCUUGCGUCCCGAGGACGGUCAAGCCUGGCAAGGUCUGAUCAAGCUCUAUGAGAAGCAGGGGCCGCAAAAGCUGGGAGACUAUCAGCGUGCCGUCGUCAACCUCUCUCAUAUCUUCUACAAGGCCGAUGAUGCUUAUAAAGCUCAGGAUGUUGCAGAUAAAUAUGUUGACUUUGCGCGCGUUAGAGGGGAUCGUCUACAGUACGCCGAUGCUCUAUGGAUCAGGCUCCCUGAGAGUCCUCUUUAUUCUAUUCUUGAAGGUCGAUUCCCUGCACCGGCCAAGACCUACGAAACCAUCGCCGUCAUUCUCGAAGACUUUGAAAAGAAGCGCAUAAAUACACUCAUUGGAGAGCGAAGAACUCGCCUUGGUGCGAGACUAAAUGAAGUCACGCUCGAGGUGAAGAAUGAAGUUUACGCACAAAGCAAAUUGGAAAGUGUGUACCAGCAGCUCAUCAAUUGGACUUCCGACGACGAAUUGAGACGCACGUACGAGGAGAAGCUCAUCCAUUACUGCUAUGAUCGCCUGCUGGCCCUCCCAGCAGGUGAACAAAAGGCUGCAGAACUCGCCAAGGUGAUUGGCCUUGCCAACGACAUGGUCGUGAUCAAACACCCUUUUCGGCUUGCGUGGGAUAUCGCCAUCAACUGGCAGGAUCACAAGGAGAUACGUGACUGGAGCGCCGAAUUAUUACACGCCUAUUGCUCUCAUUUUCCAGAAAGCGAUCUUUACAAGGUCAUCACAGCUUUCAUGACUUCACCUAUAUCACCAUUUCCAGCCGCUGCUGCACCAUCAAGACCUUCUGCUGAUGAACUGACAGACGACAGCGACGACGAUGACGAAGGUGGUGUCCCCACUUCAGUUAUCCCGCUCAGUGACGAGGAUCGCAUCAUAAUGAUUACAGAAGGUAUUGCUGGCACGGAGUCUUCGUUGGCGUACCGGCUUGUUGGCGAAUUUUUCCUUCAUUAUGAAGAAUAUGAGAGCACAGUCGAAUACAUGCGAAAAGCGCACCGGUACAUUGCCAAGGAGCAAGCUCUAAGCGCCUUUGACUUUACGAAAACGACGGAUGCCUACUCCCUGUGCCUAGGUACAUCGCUUGUCUACUACCAAUCACCGCGCCACCACGCUGAGGCAAAGGGACUAUUUGAGAAGGUUUUGAGCCAUGACGCCACGACCACCCGUGCAAUGAUAGGCGUGGGUCUCAUCUACGAGGAGGAGGAAGAAUAUGACCAAGCCAUCGACUUCCUCGAGCGAGCCUUGCAGAAAGAUGCCACAAAUAUCAGAGUUAAGUCAGAGGCUGCGUGGGUGAAAGCGCUCAAAGGCGACUAUCAGCUUGCCGCCGACGGGUUGCGGGAUUGUCUGAAGGCCUUGGAUGUCAAGGAACCAAAUAAGGAACUCCUCGCGGAUGCGCAGUAUCGCUUGGGCUACUGCUUGUGGAAUCUUGACGCAUCUCGGCAAGCUAGAAAGCAGCGCAAGGGAGAAAGCCCAUACGCCUACUGGCUUGCAGCCCUAAACAAUAACCUUGACCAUGCACCUUGCUACACUAUGCUCGGCAUCUUUUACAACGACUAUGUCAAGGACAAGAAACGUGCGCGUCGUUGCUUCCAAAAAGCUCUCGAGCUGUCUUCCGCAGAGGUCAUUUCCGCUGAGCGCCUUUCCCGAUCGUUUGCGGACGAUGGCGAUUGGGAUAGAGUUGAGCUGGUGGCGCAACGUGUGGUAAACUCUGGCAAAGUGAAGCCACCUCCUGGAUCCAAGCGAAAAGGCAUCAGCUGGCCCUUUGCAGCUCUUGGAGUCGCUGAAUUGAACAAGCACGAAUAUCACAAAGCCAUUGUGUCAUUCCAGUCAGCACUGCGGCUCGCGCCAGAUGACUACCAUUGCUGGGUCGGUCUCGGUGAGAGUUAUCACAAUUCUGGAAGAUACGUUGCAGCUACCAAAGCAAUAAUGAACGCUCAAAAGUUAGAGGAGCAGUCAGAAAAGGACAUGACGACUGAUGCCUGGUUCACCAAGUUCAUGCUCGGUAACAUCAAGCGUGAGCUCGGAGAGUAUGACGAGGCUGUUGAAUUGUAUCAAUCCGUGAUGAAGACUCAUCCUGGUGAGGAGGGAGUCAUUAUCGCACUGAUGCAAACUAUGGUGGAUAAUGCACUUAUUAGUGUCGAAAAAGGGCAAUUCGGUAAAGCCAUCGAAUUUGCGACAGAAACAGUCAAAUUUGCUACGACGGCGGAAGAGAAUGUUCUGGCGACUUUCAACUAUUGGAAAACUGUUGGCGACGCUUGUUCAGUGUUCUCUUCUGUCCAAAGUCGCAUUUCCGACUUGCCCUUGGACGACAUUCGUGCUAUAAUUGCCAAGGCCCCCAAAGAGGCUUUUGACGUCAGCGCCGAUGUUGAUAAAGUCAGCACGGAUGUGAUCUCUGCAAAGGGAAUUUAUCCUGAGGAUGAGCAACCUGGGGUCGAGCUGACAAGAUGCAUUCAAGCUACAAUUUUGUGCCACAAGGUCGCCGUUCAUGCUGUAUCAAAAGACAUACACGCCCAAGCCGUUGCCAUGUUCAACCUUGGUUGGGCUGAAUUUAGGGCGCACUCCUGCUUGCCCUCUCAGUUGCGCAAGAAAGCUAGCAACUACCUCAAGGCGGCCAUUAGAUGCUUCAAACGAGCCAUCGAGCUCGAAGCUGGUAAUGCCGACUUUUGGAACGCACUGGGUGUUGUGACGAGCGAAGUCAACGGGUCCGUCUCGCAACACUCGUUUGUGCGAAGCAUCCACAUCGACGAACGCAGUCCUGUGGGAUGGACUAAUCUUGGCGCGCUCGCUCUCUUGUCUGGCGACAUCAAGGUAGCCAAUGAAGCUUUCACCAGAGCACAGUCUACUGAUCCUGAUUAUGCGCAUGCAUGGCUUGGUCAGGCUUUUGUCGCCCUCUUGUAUGGAGAUGCCAAGGAAGCCCGCGGCCUAUUUACGCACGCGAUGGACAUUUCCGAGGCGUCAUCUUUAUCAGUCCGUCAGCAGUACUCUUCGUCCAUCUUUGACCAUAUCCUCGUCGGCCCAACGAAUACUACCAUCGCUUCCCUCUUGCAGCCUGUUUUUGCACUGAAUCAAGUGCAGAGCAUGCGGCCGCAAGACUUUGUCUUUGGCCACCUCGCUAGCUUGUUCUUGGAACGUACUCGCGAUCACACCCGCGCCGUGGAGAUUCUCGAAAAUAUUUGCUCCAGCAUAGAAGCGGACUAUGAGCAGACGGAAUCUCCUCUGAGCCUGGCAAGAUUCACACUCGCACGCAUCGACCUAGCUCGUGCUUACCUUGCGUCCAAAUCGUAUGAGCAGGCUAUCGAAUGCGGCGAGAUGGCGCUCGGCCUGAGCAGCGAUGAGCAGGACAGCGAAUUGACCAGCGACCAACGCAAAAAGGCGCGUCUCUCGGCGCACCUGACAGUCGGACUUGCACAGUUUUACGAGAAAAAUUUUAACGAGGCGGAGAAGUGUUUCGAGGCCGCUCUACAAGAGUCUGACAAUAACCCUGACGCGACCUGCCUGUUGUCACAGGUCUUGUGGGCUCAAGGCAAAGAGGACUCCAAAGAAAAGGCGCGGUCGUUGCUGUUUGAAGUCAUUGAAGCGCACCCAGAACACGUGCAGAGCGUGCUGCUACUGGGUGUGAUUGGUUUGCUCGACGAGGACGAUGGCAGUCUGGAGGCUGUCGUGGAGGAACUGCAGGGUCUGCGCACAAAGGACAAGGUUACGACCAAGGAGCAGGCGCAGAUUGGCGAGGUGCUGCGCGCCAUUGCCGCGCUGGCCGAGGGAAAGACGGCCGACGAGGCCCUGGCGCAGAUGCAGACGGACAUUAUGCUGCACCCGCAUCUCCCGCACGGGUGGUCGGCGCUGGCGGCUUCUGCGGGCGACGGGUACGCUGCGCAGACGUCGCUCAAGGUUGCGCAGAGAGGCAUCCCGCCGCGUGGACAGCUGGACGCGAUGGACCUGGCAGAGUCGUAUGGUGGUACCGGCGCAGUUGCGGAUUCGCAGAAAGCAGCGUUUCUCGCGCCGUGGGAGACGGUGGGAUGGUCGUCGUUGAAGAUGGCGACGGAGGGGAUUUAG